ACCGCCUGCAGCAGCGGCGUGUGUGUACAGUAGAAACAGGCUCAUAAAUUCCACCAAUAUUUCGAUUAAAGAGAGCGUAUUAUUUGAGUGUUUUUAACAAGGCAGUAUUUGAAGGCUCUAGAGUCCUGGCUACAGUGAACCGAAUUACUCAAUAUUGAAAACCCAUUUUGUGGAUGUCAACAAAAACCCAACUAUGGGGUUAACAAAGCAAUACUUGCGCUAUGCAUCCAGCGCUACCUUUGGCAUAGUAGGCACUCAGAAAGCUAAUGUUUUAUUUGUCGAGCUCCGUGGCAUCAAGGGGAAGUAUGUUGCUGCUGCAGCUUGUGAGCAUGUCUUCAUUUGGGAUCUACGUAAAUCUGAAAAGAUGAUGGUUCUCCAUGGAGACAAGUCCUCAGAAGUGUCAAUCCUGGCCAAGAGUCCUCAAGCCCAGACCUUGGCUGUCGGCUACGCUGACGGAACGGUCAAGCUCUUCAGCCUUGCCACCGGUGAAAUGACCGUCACCUUCAGCGGCCACAAAUCGGCCGUAACGGCUCUAGGUUUUGAUAAGGAUGGAUUGAGACUAGCAUCUGGUUCCAAAGACACGGAUGUCAUUGUGUGGGAUGUGGUGAAUGAGAGUGGUCUGUAUCGACUCAAAGGCCACAAAGGUGUCGUCACUCAGUGUCACUUCAUGCAGAAACACAACAUCCUCAUUACAAGCUCUAAGGACACAUUUGUCAAAUUCUGGGAUAUCGACACUCAGCACUGCUUCAAGACCCUCAUUGGACACAGGACAGAAGUGUGGGAUUUUGUGAUAAUUGGAGAUGACCAUCGACUGGUGACAGGUGCAGGAGACAGUGAGCUGAGAGUCUGGGACAUCGCAUUUCAAGAUGAGACUGAAGAUGGGGCUGAGGUACCGGCCAAGAAGCCUAGACUGUCGACCAUUAUUGGUGAUGAUGAGGAGGAAGACAUCGAAGACGAUGAUGACACAAGUAUACUGACUUGCCAUUGUGUAGGAUCCAUCAUGCGUAAAGGGAGUCAACGUGUGGUGUCUCUCUCCACUGACUGCACAGGAAGGGUGCUAUCUUGUCACGGGGCAGAUCGUAGGUUAGAGGUUUUCCUUGUACUUACUGAGGAUGAGCGUACAAAGCUGCUCAACAAAAAGCAAAGGAAAGCUAGAAAGAAAAUCAGGGAGAAAGAAACUCAAGGUGAAGAAGAAGAGAAGAUUCUUGAAUCUUUGGCUGUCAAAGAUGAAAUCCAAACUUGCUGCAUCUUGGAGGCUUCUAGUAAAAUAAGGUCAUUUGCUACCCUCUUGGAGAACGACGGUGCAUCAGUGAAGAUGGUACUGCAGCUGUACAAUAACUCCCUAGAGACCCAUGUCAUUCAGUCAUUGGAGGGAAAGCGCUGGGCGGGGGAGAAGCAAGGUGCCGUCACCCUACCGGGUCAUAGGUCAGAUGUCAGGACAGUGACCUUCAGUGCGGACAACACCACUGUGCUGACUGGCUCCGGAGAGUCCAUCAAAGUUUGGAACAGGGCCACCCAGCAGUGUAUUCGCUCCAUGAAGUCUGGUUAUGCUUUGUGCUCUGCGUUUGUGACCGGGGAACGACACUGCCUGAUCGGCACCAAGACGGGCCAUCUGGAACUUUUUGAUAUCGCAGCUGGGGUCAUGCUUGAGAAUGUUGAAGCACACGAGGGCGCUCUUUGGGCCAUUGCUGUAGCUCCUGAUAAGAGAGGUUUCGUGACCGGCAGCGCCGAUAAAACCCUGAAAUUCUGGGAUUUUGAGCUCAUUCCCGACCCUGACUCCAAAGAGUCUGGAAAACGUCUUACUGUGGUGCACAAGCGUACUCUGCAGAUGUCUGAUGACGUCCUAUGUGUGAAAUACUCACCUGAUCAGAGGCUUCUUGCUGUAGCACUGCUGGAUUCAACAGUCAAAGUCUUCUUUGCUGAUACUCUUAAGUUUUUCCUGGCCUUGUAUGGACACAAGCUGCCUGUUCUAACCAUGGACAUCUCAUCAGACAGUACUCUCAUUGUGACCGGAUCGGCGGAUCGUAACAUCAAGAUCUGGGGUCUUGACUUUGGUGACUGUCACCGGUCGAUGUUUGCCCACGAUGACAGCAUCAUGAGCCUUCAGUUUGUCCCUAAGACGCAUCUCUUCUUCAGCGCUGGUAAAGACAAGAAGAUCAAGCAGUGGGAUGCAGAUCACUUUGAGCUGAUCACAACGUUAGAGGGCCAUCAUGCUGAAGUUUGGUGCCUUGCAGUAAGCUCAAACGGCAAUUUUCUGGUGUCCGGGUCUCAUGAUAAGUCACUGCGUCUCUGGGAGAGGACUCAAGAACCUCUUGUUCUUGAGGAGGAGAGGGAGAUGGAGAGAGAAAAGGCUGCUGAGGAUGCCAUUGCUCAUGAAGAGCAACAAGUGCUUCCAGGUCAGGUGGCAUCCAAUGAGGUAGGCACAGCCGGGAGGAAGACGGUUGAAACAGUUAAAGCAGCAGAGAGAAUCAUGGAAGCUCUUGAGCUGUACAAGGAGGAGACGGCCAAGGAAAAAGAGCAUAGAGAGACUCAACAGGCUCAUAAGAAAGGAUUGAUCCCACCCAUGAAGAUGCAUCCAAUUCUUCAGGCGUUCGGAAACAUAUCGCCCACAAGAUAUGUCCUCGAUGUCAUCAGGAAAGUCAAAUCAAGUGAGUUAGAGGAGGCGUUAUUGGUCAUCCCCUUCAGCUAUGUACUGGACCUUCUACCUCUUCUAGAGACCUUCAUUAACUCAGGGUGGCAGGUGGAGCUGUCUUGCAGGUGUCUACUCUUCCUACUCAGGGUGCAUCAUGGUCAGAUCACAUCUAGUCAAGUAUUGUUACCAAUCAUUGAUAAAGUACGCAGCAGUUCCAUGAGACAAGUACACCAUCUCAGGGACCAAAUAGGUUUCAAUCUUGCUGGUCUGCAAUUCCUCCAUCGUGAAGUGGAGUCGAGAAGUGACGUCCAGCUUUUUGGAGAUGCCAGUAUCAAGAUGAAAGAGAAAAAGAAGAAGAAACGGAAGCUCAUGCUCACCAUGGCAACCAGCUAAAAAGGCAACAAAUUUUGAACUAUUCCUGUUGAUUUUUCUUUUAUGUAACAUUUUGAUAGAUGUUUAACUUGCAUCGGGGACAAAGAAUAUUAGUUUUGCUCAAUACUUUUUCCGAGUUCUGUGAAAAAGAAUCACAGGCAAAAAUCUCUGUUGCAAAUUUAAUAUCGAUGAAAUUGUUGCGCUCCCUGCUGUUAAAUUAUAGGAUUCGAACUGCCUCCAGCUUCCGGGAAAUCUCGGCCGUCUAGUUUGUAAGACACUGCUCUAGAAUUGCAAAGGUCCUGGGUUCGAAUCCCACGCGAGUAAUAUGCCAGUAACACAUUUUGUUUCUGUUUUUUGUUUUGUUUUCUGUUUAAAUUUUUCCCUGAAUGGUGUUGUUAAGCCACCACAUCAAGUACAAAUUAAUAUCACCACAUAUUAAUAAUAAUGUAGGAAUUUUGUAAUGUGCAAAAUCAAUCUAUACAGAGAUGUUGGAAGGCGCAGAGAAACAGACAAUGUUAACAAACAUGUACAUAAUAUAUCAGUGAAAAGAAAGCAAAAAUACAAUCAUGGAAAACACACUACAAAUAACAAUGGAAAGCAAUACAACUAUGAAUUUAAGAAAUACAUCUAGAAAAUAUGAGUUGAAUUCGGCUGUAAUUAAAUUACCUCCUGGUGUUGGGGUUGUCAAAUCAAAUCAAAUCGAAUCAAUCAAAAUUUAUUUCCAUACAGACACAAUAAACAAAUACAAACAGUAGGAUGUUACAAGACUGAAAACUGUAUGGAGGCAUGGCCCAUUAAAGCAAAGCUUGUAGGCUGGGAUGCCUUUACAAAACAAUGGAAAGUAAUAACAAUGAGGUCUUUUUCAAAUAAAACUGACAAAAUAAUUGUUCUCUGACAUAAAACCAA